AUGAAUAAAAAAAAUAGAAAUCGAUCAAAAGCUUUGAAUUCUAAGGAGAUAAACCCUAAAAUUCUUAAUUUAAGGGAUAAAAUCUUGAAAUAGACAUAACUUUAAAUAGAGGAUUAAUAAUUUGUAUAAAAUUUAAUAAAGGAUUAUGAAAUGAAAUCGUCUAAUUUAAACUUAAAUGAUUUUUUUGAUGGUUGCAUUUGGAAAGUGAUUUUUAUAUGUAAAUUCUCAAACUAUUUUUCAAAGAAUAAUUCAUUUCAAAAAUAAGAGACUUAAAGUAAUAUUAUAAUGAAAUUUUCUUUUAAAUUUGGUAAUUGUCAAAUGGUGCAUUUUAUAAAUAAGAUAGUAUAUUAACUAAAUGGUAUUUUUUGUAAUAAAUGCAAAUGUAUUAAGUAUUUUUUACUAGUUCAAAUAAAGAAAAAUAAAUAAUUCUUUUGUUUGAAUGUGCAGUAAUCAGAAAACCAAAAUUAGAUGAUUAAUAAGUAAAAUUACAUAUAUUCUAGUUUUAAUACUUUUAGUUUAUUCACACAAUUACAUUUAUAGAUAUAUUGGUGAAAACUUAGAUUAAGGAUUAAAUAAUUAAUAACAUAUUACAAGAGUUUUAAGAAUAAAAUGCACAAGAUCCAAGAAAAUAAUUUCCAAUAAAUUUAAAGGAAAGUUAAGUUAAUGGAUAAUUUGAUAAGAGUGGAAAAUCUCUUAAUAUUUAUCAAUUAUUUUUAAGGAACGAUGAUUAGAAUUGGAGUGUAUUCCAAUUUUAAAAUCACUAUUAAAAAUAGUGUUAUUGGUAUCCAAACAUAUUUGAUGAUAUAAAAAUAAAAAACAUUCAGAAUUUAGUGUAAAUUGAUGAUCUAUAUCUUUAUUUUGAAGAGCAGUAAUCUAUAAAAUAAAGAGAAUUAAAAUAGUAGAGGGUUGAAAAUGAAUAAAUAAAUUUGGAAUCAUUAUAAAUCAGAUCUUCACUUUCACAAAUAUUGGAGAUAGUUUAUUAAAUUUCUGAGUAAAAGCCAUUAAUAACAACAACUGACUAAGAAUUAUAAGUAAUUGAUACUAAUUAAAAUGCUUUAGUAAUUGGAAGAAGUGGAACAGGUAAAACAACAUGUACAAUCUUAAAAAUAUUAUCUUAAUAAUUAUUAUUUGAGAUUUCUUAAGAAUAUAAUUUAUAAUAGGAAACUAAAUAUAAUAUUGUAUUUACUACAUCAAAUUCUUUAUUAGUGAAUGAAAUGAGAAAGUAUUUUAAGAAAUUAAUAACUAUUGGGAAUUCAAAGUCAUUUUACAAUAAUUUAGAUGAUUUAAAGAGAAAUGAAAUAAAUUAAAUAAGGAUUUUAUUAUAAAAGAUGAAUAAAAGGUUUAGUAAUUGGUCAAUAGAUGAUAAAUAAAGUUUUCUAAAUACAAAAGAUAAUGAUUUUCCUGCAUUCUUACCAAUAAAUUAGUUUUUGUUGUUAAUUGAUAAAUCUUUAAAAAAUCCAUUUUUUUAAUAAAUAAAAAUUAAUAAAAGAAAAAUCGAUAAUGCAGGAUGGCAUGAUAAUGAAGGUGUAUUUAAUUAAAAUAUUCUUAAUUAAAAUGAAAAUUACAAAUUAAAUUAAUUUAAAACAGAUUUAGUUUGUUAAUAAUAAUUUUAAUUAUAUGAAGUUGAUUAUGAAUACUUUUGUCAUUCAUUUUGGAUGACAGUUAGAAAAAAUAAUUUUAAUUUAGAAGAAGAAAUAUCUUUUUGUAAUUUUGUAUGGUGUUAGAUAUAUUCAAUAAUCAAAGGAUCUUAAUUUAGUCAUACAUAUCCUAAUCGAUAUUUACCUGAAUAAGUAUACUUAAAUUAUCAAUAAUAAUAAUCAAUUGAUUAAUAGACAUUACUAAAAAUUUAUUCUUAUUUUAUGUUAUAUGAAAAAUGGAAAAACUAACAAGGAUAUUUUGAUCAGAUGGAUCUAGUAAAUUAUAUAAUUUAAAAAAUAAAAAUAAAUGAAUAUUAAGGUGUUAGUUUACAUUUCUUAUUUGUUGAUGAAGUAUAAGAUUUUACUUAAGCAACUUUAUAUUUAUUUAAUUUGUUAGCAGAAUAAAGAAUCAUGUUAUCAGGUGAUACAGCUUAAAAUAUAGUAAAAGGUGUUGGAUUUAGAUUUUAGGAUUUAAAAUAGCAAUUUUUUGGAAUGAAAGAUUUUCAAACAUAUUCAUUAACUAUUAAUUUUAGAUCUCAUAAUGAUAUAUUAUAGUUAGCUAAUAAUGUGAUAUCAAUUAUUGAAAUUCUAUAUCCAAAAACAAUAGAUUGUUUAAAAAAAGAAUAAUCUGCAGAUUCAGGACCUAAACCUACAAUUAUUUCAUCAAAAGAUAUAAAUUCAAUUCUUUAUUUAAUGUAAGGUUAAGAUGAUGGAAAAAUAGAAUUUGGAUGUUAUCAAGCAGUUUUAGCAAAAAAUAAUAAGGAUAUUCCUGAUAUCUUGAAACAUCUAAUAGUAUUAAAUAUCUAAGAAUGUAAAGGAUUAGAAUUUGAUGAUGUUAUUAUUUAUAAUUUCUUUAAUGAUGAUUCUAUACCUUAAAAUCAAUGGGAAUUAUUAAAAUGUUUAACAAUUGAGUAAAUUGAUGAAGAAAAUAAACUUAGACCAAAACCUAAUUUAUAAGCAUUUGAUAUUAAGACUUAUUCAAUUUUAUGUAGUGAAUUGAAAUAUUUAUAUGUUGCUAUUACUCGUGCUAGAAAAAGGAUAUUUUUUUAUGAUUAGAAUCCUAAUUCAAGAAAAUACAUAGAAAAAAUCUGGACUGAUUUAAAAUUAGUGAAUGUUCUUAAAUUUGAAGAAAAUAGUGAAAAAUUAAAUAAAUUUGAAUAAGUCAUUAUUAUUAAAAAUUCUGAAAAAGAAUGGAAUGAUUAAGGAAUCAAAAUGUUUUAAUUAAAAUUUUAUGAAUAAGCUGCAAAAUGUUUUAAGUAUUCAAAGAAUUAAUCUAUGGAAUAUUAGGCUGUAGCAUUUUAUUUAGCAUCAUAAGCUUAAUAAGGAUUAUUUCAAUUAUAAGCAGAAUCAAGUAAUACUACUCAUACUAAAAAGAAUAACUCUUUUCAUACAAAAGAAUACUAUUUUGAGCUAUUUUAGCAAGCUGGCGAGAAAUUCAUAUUUGCAUCUUAAUUAGAAUAAGGAGCAGCUUGUUAUUUUUCUGGAAGAAAAUAUGAUCUUGCUUUAAAAUAUUACUUAUAAUCUUAAUCAUGGAAAUCUGCAUUAACAGCAAUCGAAAAUUUAUCUAAUUAAUAAAUUUUAACAGGAAUUCUUCAUUGGAAAUGUAAAAAUUAUGAACGAUGUUUAAAUUGUUUUGAAUCUUUUGGUAAUCCAAUUUUAUUCAUUUCUAUUCUUAGUUUUUUAAAAUAAUAUAUUAAUCAACAAUUAUUUUAAUCAAAAUUUCAUAUCUGGUUUCCAUUAUUAAUUUAAAAACUUUAAAAACUGAAACCUUAAGAUUUACAAUUAGAUUUAUCACUUUUAAAAGAUAAUGUUCCAGAUUAUAUUUAAUAAUUUAAGGGUAUUCUUCAUAUUUUAUAUAAUUCUAUAAAAUUAGAUAUCUGUUAUAAAGAGGAAUUAUUAGAUUAAAUAUUUAAUUUUGUUUAUCUCUUUUAAGAUGAAAUCCUAAUAUUAAUGACUAAAAUACACAUUAAUUAUAAUAUAGAAGUAUCAAAGCAAAUAAUGAAAUAUGAAAAUCAAACAUCCUAAUUUUUAAUCAAAUUAAAAAUAUAGUUAUUAUAGGACAUAUUCACUUAUUACAAAUUAGAUUAAUGUUUAAUAUUAUUAUAUGAAUGCUAUAAUAUUAAAGAUUAAACAAAAAGAUUUAUUGGAAUGUUCUUUUAAGAAUCUAAUAUAAUUAAUAAUGGGAAUAAACUUUAAAUAUCUAGAGAUCCAACCAUAACAAUAUUUCAAAACGUUCCUUGCAAUUGGACAACAAAGAAUUACCUUUAACAAACCUUUUAAUUAUGUUAAUUAGGAUUUUAUUAAUCAGGUCUUCAUUUAGUCUAAAGAAUAUUAUCUUAAAAUAAUUUAACAGAAUAAUAAUUCAAAUAUUGUAUGGAAGAUUAAGCAGAGAUAAAUUAUGUAUUCUUCUAAAAAAAUUCACUUAUAGGUUUUGACAAUAUAAUUUCUCAAAUAGAUAUCUAUUUUUAAUAAGAAAAGAGUUUAGGAGGAUAAAUAAAUAAUAUUGAUGGAUUCUCUUUGAUUGAAUCAAUAAAAAAUAAAAUUGAAUGUAAUCAACAGUUGUAAGAAAAUGAAAUUUAAUUCCUAUUUUUAAAUAUUAAUCCUUUAGAUUUAUAAUAAUAAGUUAAUCCAAUUCUUUAAAGUAAAUAAUUAAUAGCUGGCAUUAUUCUCUUAAAAAUAAUUGUAGAAAUAGAAUAGAAUUAAAAUCAUGUUAUACAUUAAUAAUUAAAUUAUUUAAAUCAUUUUGAAUAUUAACAUUUCAUACGAUUUAUUUUAGUUUGUAUAGAACUCUGCAAAUAUAAUUAAGACUUACAUUCUUAAAUUAUUUGUUUGUAUUCUAUUUAAUGUGUAUUUUCUAUAAGAAUAGCUUCGAAAUUGACAUUAAAUCAAUUAUCUUAAUCAGUUGUCUUUAUUCAUAAGAAUUCAUUAUUAUUUAAGUUUAACUUAGUUAAUUAAAAUGUAUGUAAAUUAAUAGAUAAUUAAAAAUAAGUCUAUCAGUUAAAUUCAAAGGAAGUAUUAAAUUCUAUUUCUCAAUAUCUGAAAGGAUUUCUAUUGAAUUAUAGUAGAAAAUACUUUUACAGAGAAUAACAAAACAUUUCCAAAGCUCCGUUUAUAAUUUAACAUUUUACUUAUUUAAGAGUAAAAUAAAAAGGAAAUUAAGAUUUUCCUGAAGGAAUAAAAAAGUUUUAAUUAUUUUAGGAAGUCUAUUAUGACUUUUAUUUAGAAAAAUGUGUUAAAUUAUAAAUAAUUGAUUCAUUAUUUACAAUAAUCUCUUAAUGUGCAGAACCGAAAUUAAUACUAACUAAAUAAAUGUUAGCAGAAUUAUCAACCUAUUACUUUUUUAAAGGGUUAUAAGAAACAGAAAUAUAAUAAAUGCAUAAUUAUAUAAUGAUUGGCAUAUGCAUACAAAAUAUAUCCCAUGAAUAACGUUUAUCUAUAAGGUUUAUUGAACAUUUAAAAUCAGUUCAAACAUAAUCUUUUUUCGAUAAUUAUAUUCAUUAUAUCAAUUAUUUAUAAAUUACAAACUAUUGUUUAUCUUUAGAUGCUUGUAAUGAUUAUUUUAAGUUUCAUGAUUUAUAAAAGGAAUAUUUAUAGCCAUAGUAAAUUUUAAAAGAUUUAUCAUUGAUAACUUUGAUUUUAACAUUCUAUAAUGCUAAUUAAAAUAAUGUUAAUACUGUUUUAGUAACAGAAUCAUCAUUAAAAUUUCUAUAACACAACUUAACUUCUGAGAAUUAUUAUUAAAUUUAAAUCUAAGAAUAAAAUUCUUUAGAGGAUUUGAAUAGUAAAAUCUAAAAGGAAUUAGUUGAAAAGAUAUUUGAAUAAAUAAAAAAGUAAUUAGACUAAAGAACUUAUUCUAUUUAUUUAAGACUUUUAUCAUCUAUUAUUUUAAAUGUAGUAUCACUUUGGGAUGGUUUAAGUGAGAGAUUAUUUGAAAUGGCAGAAGAACUAGAAUAUGAAAGUUAGGAUUAAGAUUUUUAGAUCUUAGCUGAAUUAGUUUUAAAACCAAUAGAUGAAAGGAGAAAUUACUUAUCACCAUUUAAAAAGCUUUGUUACAUUCAUUUUAAAUGUACAAAUAUUACUGGGAAAUAGAUUGAGGAUUAUUUAGAUACGAAAUUCAAAAAAAGAUUUUUAGAAUCAAGAUUUUUAGAUAAAAUGAAUUUUUAAUAUUAAGAACAUUUUAAAAAUAAAUUCUAAAAUCUCUAUAUUGGAUUAAGAUUGAUUCUUUUUAGACCAUUAAGUUUUAAAAAUGGUUAGAUUGUAGAAUAGUAAAUAGAGGAAAAAGUGAUUGGUUAAUUAUAUGAGAAAAUUGAUUUGAUACGAAAGUAUAAUUAUAUAUUGGCAUAGUUUUUAGGAUGUUACUUGAAACUUUAUACUCAAAACUUAUUGACAAUUGUGCCCAUUUUACAGCUAUAACUGAUGAAUUAAAAUUGUUGAGUAAUUUAGAAUAGGAAGUCGAUUAUUUUAUAUCUAAGAAUGAACGAUAAGUAAAUAGGAAAGUAAUAGAACCCUCCCAAUUAUUGAAAGAAUUAGAAUAAAUAUAAGAACAAAUAGAGAAAUGGAAAUUAUUGAAUUAAGAUUUGAAUGAAAAUCUAAAUCUUAUGGAAUAUUCAUUUUAAAAGUAAAAAGAAGAAGAAUAAGAAGCAUAUGAAUUAUUAUAAAAAAGAAUCAGUCAAAUUUUAAAAUGA